GCAAUGUCUAAACUGGGCCUUCGUCAGGUGACGGGAGUAACCAGGGUCACCAUCCGGAAAUCGAAGAACAUCCUCUUUGUCAUCACAAAGCCAGACGUGUACAAGAGCCCCGCGUCCGACACCUACAUAGUCUUUGGCGAGGCAAAGAUUGAAGACCUGUCACAGCAGGCUCAGCUGGCAGCUGCCGAAAAGUUCAAAGUGCAGGGAGAAGCUGUUUCAAACAUCCAGGAAAACACACAGACCCCCACCGUGCAGGAGGAGAGCGAGGAAGAAGAGGUUGACGAAACCGGCGUGGAGGUGAAAGACAUCGAGCUGGUGAUGUCCCAGGCAAACGUGUCGCGAGCGAAGGCCGUGCGUGCCCUGAAGAACAACAGCAACGACAUCGUCAACGCCAUAAUGGAGUUGACGAUGUAGCUGCCAGAGGGUGGAGUGGAGCCUUUUUUGGUGUUUCAGAGAAGAGUAAAAUGCUACUAAAUUUAAAAUUUGUACUAUUUCUAUCCAUUAAUAAAAGUUGUGGCUUAUUGUUGGUGAAA